CCACAUUUGGUGUAGGAGCAUCCUUGAAGCCAGGUCUCCCGCAUUGUUUAUUGCGACAGUUUACAAGCGUCAUGUCUCGCUUGAUGUCUAGACAUGUCCCACGACUACUGCGAAGUGGUCGUCCCAGCCACGGCUUCAGCCCAAGCUCCAGAUUCAUCAGCUCGAGUCUAUCACGAGCCCAACAAUUGCCCGGCGAAGAUGCUCGAACCACUCAUUUUGGCUUCGAAACUGUGGCUGAAGCCCAGAAGGAAGCACGAGUCGGUGCCGUCUUCUCCUCUGUUGCAUCUUCCUACGAUACGAUGAACGAUCUCAUGUCGCUCGGCAUUCACCGUCUCUGGAAGGAUUACUUUGUUCGAAGCCUUAAUCCUGGAAGUCGGGACUCCGAGGCUGGAUGGAACAUACUAGAUGUUGCCGGCGGGACCGGGGACAUUGCAUUCCGCAUGCUCGAUCAUGCCACCAACAUCAAUGGAGAUGUCAAGACCAAAGUGACAGUGUCGGACAUCAACCCAGAGAUGCUGGCAGAAGGAAAGAAAAGAUCCUUGGCCACACCGUACGGAAACUUGGACCGACUGAAGUUCAUGGAGGGCAAUGCAGAAUCGAUGCCAUCACUUCCUUCAAACUCGUUCGAUCUCUACACCGUUUCCUUUGGCAUCAGAAAUUUCACAAAUAAAGAUGCGGCAAUCAGGGAAGCAUAUCGGAUUCUCAAGCCCGGUGGAGUGUUUGCUGUGCUGGAAUUCAGCCAUGUUGACAAUGCAUUGUUCAAUGCAUUCUACAAGAGGUGGAGCUUUAGUGCAAUCCCGUUGAUAGGUCAACUGGUGGCCGGGGAUAGAGAUAGUUACCAAUACCUGGUUGAGAGCAUCGAACGACAUCCCCCUCAGGAAGAAUUCAAAGCCAUGAUUCAGGAAGCAGGGUUCAUCACACCCGGCAAGGGGUUUGAAAACCUAUCGGGGGGCAUAGCCACUAUUCAUCGUGGAGUCAAACCGGUGUGAAGCAACAAAAAGGCCUGUACUAGUGUUAUGACGCCUCACCGAAAUGGUUCUUCAUAAAGACCGGUGGCCAUGCUAGGCCUCAAUGCGACCAGCGUGAAGGCCGCCAUCUACCAAAAUAUCGGUACCAGUGGUAUAGGAAGCGGCAUCGCUUAACAGGUACACCGCGGCGCCCAUCAAGUCGUUGCGAUUGCCUAUACGCUUCAGGGGCGGGGCCGUGUGCAUCAGCUCGACUAGGUGUGGAUGGUCCUUGCGCAGAUUCUUGGUCAUGUCGGAUUCUGUGUAGCCUGGCGAAAUGGAGUUGACCGUGAUACCUUGGGGUGCCAACUCGACGCUCAGGGCGGUCGUCAACAUCUUGACGGCGCCUUUAGAGGUGUGGUAGGCGGCUAGAUGAUGGCCGGGGAUCGCACAAUGUGCACAAACGGAGGCAAUGAGGACCAGACGACCGCCGGUGCCUUGCUUUUCCAUUUGCUUAGUGGCAAGCUGAGCUGCGAAAAAUGUGCCAUUGACCUAUCUAUGGUGAGGAUGGCGGGUGGCGGGGACAGGUACGGCGGCUUACAUUGAUCUCCUGGAUUCUGGAGACCUCUUUCCAAGUAUGUUGGACAAACGGUUUGUCAAGGACGAUGCCAGCGGCAGUGACACUGUCCAUUAGUGGAGUAUCCAAAACGGAAGAACGGAACGCUGUACCUACCAUCCAUCCAAGGAUCCGAGUUCGGAUAUGGACUGUUCAAAGGCAUGGGUGAGGCUUUCCUCACUCGUGACGUCCGUUUUGAUGUAACGAGUCUUGACGCCAAAUUCCGCUUCGAGACUGGAAAAGUCCUUGACGGGUGAGUUUGAGAUAUCCAAGACAGCUACAUUGCCACCCAUCUCGGCGAUGGCCCUGGUGAUAGAAUAGCCAAUACCUCUUGCCCCGCCAGUCACGAUGUAAUUACGGUUUUUUAGAUCGAACAUGGCUCUGACGCUGCGAAGGUCGCCAUCAUGCAAGGUCUCUGCGGUUGUGUGGCUGGUAUAGCGGAACCCUGUACGCUGUCCCGAUGCUCUGGGAAGAGGCCGCAGCAGACGAAAUGCAAGCUUGGCCCACAUGAUGUUUGUACAGUGGCUCAGGGGCGAGAAUAAGAAUGAAGUGGUGAAGCUGUGAAAGCAAGUAUGGAAUCGGUCAGGAGACCUCGCCUCACAGAAAAGCGGUCUUUUGCGGUUUCGAGAUAGCCGGGGCAAUUGUCCA